AGUAAGAGAGAUAUAAACGCUUUGAUCAUUGCACUUUUUACUUAAACUUAUCAAUUCUAAGCAAUCGGGUUUGUCGUCACACAACAUACUAUUUUCACUAAAGUCGAUCACACACACAAGGGAUACUGGGAGUCAUGUCUGUACAAUGGGAAGUAACAUUUCUGAGUAUACACACCAGUGAGGCCGGCACUUCUCUAUUUGCAAAUGGCAAGAUGCAGGUAGCUGCGAACGUCUUGAUCAAGGCAAUCAAUCCAGUCAACUACAAUCCAUACAUCUUGACAGCAGCAGAGCUAGCGAGAAUUGAGUUGGUUGACUAUUACAACACUAACGAGAAGCUCGUUGGCCCUUGGACGUAUACCACUCUCGAGAAUGAAUUUUCACACACAAUGCCUCCUGGUACCGGGUUUGCUGCCGAUGAAGGAGAUCUCCCUACACAGCCAUUUAUGGUAGACCAACAUCAACGAUAUUGGGUCAGCACAACAAGAGCUGAAGUCAAGAACGUUGGAGCACGCAUCACCCAACCAAACGGCAAAGUGGUCACAACUCGCAGUGCAGAAAACGACUCAUACAUUGCUUUCCGGGGCUACCAGGAAAUCAGGUAUUCUUUAUCCAAUUCAGAAUGGUGGAGAGAAGAUACCGCCAGUGGUAGCGGCUGGGACCAGGACAACUAUUUCCUCAGAAGCAGGGUUCACUCGUUCAUCAGAGCCGACCGCACUGGCUAUAGAAAUGACAGUUUUGCCGUGGUGGGAAUGCGCAACAGUGUAGCAUAUCAUCGUGCAGGUCCAGACUUACACUACAUGUGGCCCAUGGGGGGAAGGACGACUGUAAACGCUGGAUUGACACACUACGCCGAUGGAAGAGUGCACCCAAAGGCUUGGUCAAGAGACAUUGUUAUCAGACAGCAUGCAAAUUCUCUAUGUCUUACUCGCUUGAAGACGUCCGGUCCACUGGGUAUUUGGGACCUUGGUUGGUGGUAUUAUCCCACGGCCACAAUGUUCGACCAGUAUGGUAAUUCAGGCAUGUUUGAGUUCGGUGUUAAUGAAUAUAACACAAUAUCCGUUCACAACCGCGGCACGAAAUCUUCCCCUCCGUCCGAUACUCCCCAUGAUGAAAACGAGAAGACUACUCCAGGUGCGGAAGUCGAUGAGAGCGAAUCGUCAAAUCUCAGGCCGUCAACGGAUUAAUCUUGUCUGAGUCUUCUAGGGAACGCGAUGGAGGUAUUACUGUUAGAUAUUUGACAGAUCUUAGUAUUAUCUUGCUUGUCUUGAUUAUAGUAUAGCAACUCGCCUAAUCACGUUCAUUAAAGCUAAUGAUAUAAUGUCUCUCAUUUUUCGUCUGUGUCUUGGGCUUAGAAUCUGGACGCUACUGCUUCUCAAGGUUGAACGCCUAAGUCCAUUCUCUAUUCAAAAAUGGCUACACCUCAGAUACUCAGAUAGCAUUCAAUGAAACAAUCAUUACUCAUCAA